AUGCGCUUCACCACCUACCUGACCUCAGCCAUCUUCGGCAUGGCCGCCGUCGUGUGCGCCAUGCCGGCCGGCCAUCCUGACUCCGCCCCCUUCACCACCCCCAUUUCAGAGCGUGAUGUGGCCGGCGCCGACUGGGGAUCGGCCCUCGUCGCGCGAGGUACAGGAAGCGAUCCUAUAAUCGACGCUCGCGACGCGGGUGACGUUGCUCGAACCCUUGACAAGCGAGCCAAGGAAGACAGGGUCAACGUCAUCGACAAGACCGGUGCAAAGUCUGUUAGGGGUGGUAAGAUGAACAAAGAACAAAUAGAGGUUUGGUACCCGGCAGCCCGGCAGGCCGCGGUCAGCUUUGGUGUGAAACAGGUUACGAUUAUUUAUCGCCCGCAUGAUGGGGCCAGCACUAGUAGCUCAGACCCAAGGGAGCAUAUCACCGUGAGGUUCCCAACCAACAGCGGACUUUUCCACGUCUACGAGGACGGAACGUAUUCCACACCGCCACCGGCCCAAGGGAAGAAGACCAAAGCCAAAUCAGGAAGCCGUGUUCAACCAAUAACCACCAGUGACCUCGAAGACGGAGCCGAAAUCGCCUAA